AUGCUGUACUCCGGAUCUUGUUCAUCCAUUAGACAUUGUUUGUUUAGGUUCUGGUUCUUCCAUACACCAACAGCUGAGGAGGCUUGUGAAGUAGAUGAACAGAAUGUGGAAAAAGGCGGUUCUAACGACCUGGACCGUAUCUCAGAGCAAGCCAGGGUUGAAAUCGAACGUGUUAACUUCACCCUUGAAGCUGGAACAGGAGCAGUUCCUGUGCCACUGGUUUUUAUGCAAAUGCUUGUCAGAGCAGAAGCAUCCAGCUGGUCGUCUGCUCUUCAGGCAUCUGCUCAACUAUCACUUCAGAUGUCGUAUUAUAAUGAAGCGUUGAGUGUCUGGGAACCAGUUGUCGAACCGAUAGAAGACGUUAUGGGCGAAUGGACACCGUGGAACCUAAAAAUGACGGUCAAAGGUCGCAAUAAGCUCGAUCCAUUAGAUACUCAACCAGAGAUGGAUGUGAAGAUUGAAGCGGACAACAUUCUUAACCUUACUGUUACUAAAUCGUUCAUCUCAUUGCUGAAUAACACAUCUGAAAAAUUUGCGCAAGCAGCAAAGCAGUUCACACCACCUGUUACCCGUCAACUUCCUGGAUUGUCUCCUUUCAUCGUUCUCAACGAAACGGGUAUUAUUAUCAAGAUUGCGGGUACUGACAAUCUGCAGGUGGGCGAGACUGGGGAUGAGGUUGAAGCCGAACAUGGAAGGUUCAUCGACUUGCAUAUGAGUAAGGAAACUUCUGCCAUUGCCGCUGAUUCGCAGGACAAGGAACGCCUUAGUUCAACCCAGGCGGAACUAAGUGCAAAUUUGCGAAUAAACCUGCUUGAUACAGUUAGGCAACUAAAAAUUGGUCGUGCUGGAAAAGUAGCAAUACCUUUGCCGAAGAAAAGUGAUGGAGGAUAUCAGUGGAAGAUAAUUGCUGAAACAAGCAUUGAAAAUGGACGUCGUCUAGUAACGUUCACAUCUCAUGUGCUUGUAACGAACCACCUCGAUGUUCCUAUGGAGCUGUAUUCGAAGAACAGUUCAAAUUUGGACCUUUUUGACCUGCAAAUGACAAGUGACUUGAUUUCCCGUAAAAAAUCUUUUUUCAUUGUGACGGUGUUGCUUCUUAGUAGAUUUGCAGUGAAUCAUGACUGUACUUUCAGAUGUGAGGUGAGUUUUGAAUCGAUCACAUGGCAUCAGUUUACACACAACAAGAGGCAAACAAUCAGAUGUGAUUUGAGUGAAGAUACCACACAAGGCUACUAUUUCGAAGCGGUUGUAUUUGAAGAGAAAGUUCGCGAAGGUACUGAAAUUACUGGUUGCAGUCGUGGUUCUGGUGUUGACCAAUUCACUGAGAUGUUCUCGGUACACCUCUAUCCACCUCUGCAAUUCCACAACAUCCUUCCGUUUCCAGUCACAGUCGAGAUACCCGUUGCUCUGGAUAUCGAACCAGGGGAAAGUGUUCAGCUGCACCUAAUAACUAACCAGCGCCUUAGGCUCUGGGCAUCGUACCUGGGAGAAAUGUAUUUCUUGGAUAUGGUUAUACCCCAGGAUAAGAAGGAUCUAGAAGUGGUUGCUCUUAACACGGAUUCUGGUUCUUCUGAGCUUGUAACUUCUUGGAAUCCACUGGAGCACUCAGUACGGGGAUCUAAAAGCAUAUUUGUAUGCACCAUUUUGGCUCGUGAACAACACAUCUAUGAUCCUAAAACAUAUGGUGGGCCAAACUUUUUUGCUCCUGUUUUUAUACUACGAGAAACAUUAGCUAUUAUGCAAAACGAACCUUCUUCCAUGCGCUUCUAG